AAACAAAAAUAAUUAUGACUCGCAGCGUGGUCACAAUAAGAAUGCUUAGAAAAGGCAAGUUGGUAGACCAGCUACCAGUGAGGUUUCCAAGUGAAAAAUAGCUACAUAAACUGUCAGAUUUUCAAAAAAAGCAAUGGAUGAGCGAAUCAAUGCAAAAUGUCCGAGAUAAACGUUUAAGUUCCAACAGUAAUUCUCCUCUUUUUAGCACAACUUUGAUCUGAAACAAUGCACCUAGUUUUGACUUUUUUUUCCCCGUUGUGUCCUCAACAGACCUCUGCUGUGAUCGCCACCCUCCUAUCCGCUCUUCAUGGGUCAGGCAGGCCUAGAGGCGCACUACGGAGUACGAGCCCGCAGGAAACGGCCUAGUUACCGUCCGGCCGCUCACUUCAGACCGACGCUAGUGCCCCCCACUGUGGAAGACCUGUACUGUAGUACAGAAACAGAAGAAAUAGUCUCUCGCCGGUUACAGACGAACGCCCCCUACUGCCGAGGACCCGUCGAGGCUACUUCAUUAAGGACCUGUCUGCAUUGGGCGUGCAAGAGGAACCACCGGCAAAUCGUGGCCUACCUUUUGAGCUCGGGAGCUGACACAGAAGUCCUUACAUCCAAAGGAGAAAAGGCAGCACAGCUCACUUCAAGACGUGACAUCAGAAAACUGUUAGGAGUGGAAGAAGAUGAAAUAGAGGAAUUGACAGAGGUGGAGUUGCCAAUUAUUCCAAAUUACCUUGUGAAUCCUCCAUUCCCUUAUGUUAAGACGGAAAAGCCUAGCCUGAUUCCAGAAGCUCAUGUCCCAUCGCACAAUGGAACGGUUGGCACCUCGGAAGUAUCCCAUUGUGAGCAGGCACCUUUGCCAGCCAUGGAGAAGGAACGGAACCCUUUUGCUGAUGCCAGCAUACCGAGAGAGAGCGCAUACAUACCAGUGGCUGAACAGAAUGGCCUCCAGCCCAGUUCUCUGGGAUCUGUGAACGGAACUACCUUGGAUUCCAGUCAUUCGAACCACAGUGAGCACCCACACAAGACAACUCAGAAUGGACCAGUCUGUUCUACCUUACUGUCCCCUAAUGGGAACCCCAGCUCAUCGGUGUCGGCCAGCAGUGGCAGACAGCAGUCCAUACCUCAGCAGCUGAACUGCAAUCAGAUGGGCUCCAUGCCAGCGUUUCAGCCAUUUUUCUUCACCAGUGCUUUUCCACUGAAUAUGCAAGAGCUGGUGCUGAAGGUGCGGGUCCAGAACCCCAGUGUGAGAGAGAAUGACUUUAUCGAGGUCGAGCUGGACCGCCAGGAGCUGACAUACAGAUCCCUGCUGCGAGUGUGCUGCCGGGAGCUGGGGGUCAGCGCCGACCACGUGGAGAAGAUCCGGAAGCUUCCGAACACUAUGCUGCGCAAGGACAAAGAUGUUGCCAGGCUGCAGGAUUUCCAGGAGCUGGAGGUUGUGCUGGAGAAGACGGAAGGCCUUGCCUUGUUUUCAGCCACGGGACAGUCCUCCCUGACAGACAAGCCCUGCUACAAUAUGAAAGCGUCGAAGCUCACUUACUAGCUUGCCCCGGAGCACACCACGCAGCAUCUGUUUACAUGUGUGCUGGUGAAAACACUUGAGUAGGCUGAAAGGUUUAUUCCCCCUCUGGUUUCUAUUACAUUAUUCCACUUUCAGAGGUGUGUGAUGUGGUAUGAUUCAGUUUGCAGUAUGAUACAUAUUUCUAGCAGUGAUGUUUUUCUUUGUCCUUUUAGGCAAAGUCUUUUUGUUAUACACCACAUGGUAUGGGUCACUGCUGUGGCGUAUGUUUUCAUUUCGGCAUAUUUGUUUUUCUCUGAUGAGUGACUAGAAAGGGUUUAGCUCCCUGAGAGAAAGGUAUUUUAGUGAUAAGAGUCAGAGAUUACAAGAAUUCAUCUUUUUGCUGUAAAUUUCCUUGAAAUCUAUUACUCUUAUUAAAGAUACUAAUCUACUAUA